AUGGCACAUGUAGGUUGCACUCGCGCUUCGUCCUUAGUUCGCCUAUCGCCGCUCGUUCCCGAGCACGCGGAGUCGCGUUCACGCAAGCCCACAGUGUCACUCUCACAGCGCCCACGCACUCCCGCUCCUCGCGCCGCUUCCGUCGCCGCGAUUCCCGCUGUCUCACUCCUCGCCGCAUUGCCAGCGUCCGCGGCGGCGGCGCUUGCGGAGGAAUCACCCGCUACCGACAAAGUGCGAUCCGCCGUCGGGAGCUUAAUAACUGCCGCGGAGGAUCUUGAACGCGCCGCCUCGUCGGCAGCCGGAGUUGAUAAAGCGCGAUCCGCUGUGGGGAGUCUAGUUUCCGCCGCGGAGGAUCUGAAACGCGCGGCGGCUUCCGCGUACCGCGAUAUUGCUGGCGCUGGCGGCGCGGGAUCCGCGGGGGGGGACGGCGUGGGGGGGGAUACCGCGCAGUUUGGUUCUGCGGUGGGGGAUAUAGUCUCUGCGACGGGAGAUCUCGAACGCGCCGCUGUUGGCAUUUUUGAAAAGGCUGUGUCAGCAGAAGAGAGCGUGUCGGAGCAGGUGGGCAGGCUGCUUGGGUCGGGUGCGGAAGCGACGCAGAAGCUUCUGGAGUCCGGCGGGGAAGCAUUGCAGGCGGACACAUCAGGGGUGGCGAGGAUGAUUGGCGACGCUGCCGGCGCAGGGAUGGAGGCGGUUGAAAAACUAUUUCAGGAAGGGGCUCCUGCACUGGAUGGCGUGUGGUCGGUGGACACAACAGGGGUGGCGAGGAAGAUCGGCAAUGCUGCGGGCGCAGGGAUGGAGGCAUUUGAAAGACUGCUGGGAGAGGGGACUCCAUCACUGGAGGGCGUUUGGUUUGGUCCCCGCGCCAGUGAUGCUGCUCCCCGCGCCCUUCCCAGCACACUAUUUCCAUUCACCCCCACCAACUUUUUCCCUGCAACUCCUCCCGCCUGUCCUCCGUUCCUGGAUCAGCCUGGUUCCGGCGCCAGUGACGCUGCUCCCCACGCCAUUCCCAGCGCACCAUUUCCAUCCACCCCUACCAGCUUCCUCCUUCCCGCAACUCUUUCUUUUGUCCUCCAGGACUCGGGGUCGGUUCCUGGAUCAGGCCUGGUCCCCGCGCCAGUGACGCUGCUCCCCACGCCCUUCCCAGCACACCACUUCCAUCGAGCCGUGGAGCUCGCCCCUCUCUUCAACGCCCUGGUGGAUGCAGUCAGCCAGGACGCGGAUUUCCUGCAAUCGACUCUCGCAAGUGCAGGGCGCUCUGACUCUUUCACAGCCGGUCUCCUCCGAAUACACGCGGAGAUAAUAAAGGAGGGCAUACAGCAGCCUUUACGGUUGGGCAUGCACAGAUCCGACUACAUGCUGGACACAGUGACAGGGGGCGUGCUGCAGGUGGAACUCAACACCAUCUCCUCGUCCUUCCCUGGCCUCACUUCACGGGUCACAGACCUGCACAGGCACAUGGUGGGGAUGUAUGGGGAGAAGGCAGGUCUGUCGGUGGACUCUGUGCCUCUCAACACGGCAGCAGUGGACAUGGCUGAUGCGCUGGCAGCAGCGUGGAGGGAAUACGGGGAUGAGAGCUCUCUCAUUUUGAUGGUGGUGCAGAAGCCAGAGCGGAACAUGUAUGACCAGCACUGCUUGUCGCAGCUCGUGUGGCAGAGGCACGGGAUUAGAGUGCUCAGGAAGAGCCUGAAGGAGGUGCAGCAGCAGGGGGCAAUAACAGAUAGUGGCGACUUGACAGUCGACGGCCAUCACAUAUCAGUGGUAUAUUACCGUGCAGGCUACGGCCCCGGUGACUACCCAACUGAUCUUGAGUGGGAGGCCCGCUUGUUACUUGAGCGAUCAGCAGCAGUCAAGUGUCCCACCAUCGCGUACCACCUGGCAGGAGCGAAGAAGGUGCAGCAGCAGCUGGCACAGCCGGGUGUGCUGGAGAGGUUCGUAUCAGACGAGGCGUCUCUGCAAGCCAUGCGGCAAUGCUUUGCUGGGCUGUGGAGUUUGGAGGAGGAAAGGGGGGCAGGGGAAGGACCAGCUGAUGGUGGGGCAGCACGGAAUGAAAUCAUUUCGAAAGCGAUUCGGGAGCCAUCCGAGUUUGUGCUGAAGCCGCAAAGAGAGGGAGGAGGCAACAACAUCUACGAUGAGGAAAUUACCAGGAAGCUCACGGAGCUGACAGAGGCAGGGGAGGCGGGGAGGCAGGAGCUAGCAGCGUUCAUUCUCAUGCAGAGGCUCUUCCCCCCCGUGCACCGCUCCGUGCUAAUUCGCCGCUGCCAGCACAGCUGGAACGAUACACUCUCUGAACUGGGCGCGUAUGGCACGUACCUGAGAAAUGGAGACAAGGUGGUUAUCAAUGCAGCAGCAGGCCACCUAUUGCGCACAAAAACAGCAACUUCAAACGAGGGAGGGGUGGCGUCUGGCUUCGCAGUGCUCGAUUCCCCUUAUCUUGUCUGA